CAGCAUCAGGGCACCAAAAACAAAAUACGCAACAUAAAUGAAGUUAACAACCUGUCAAAUUGCUAAAUUACUUCCGGUAACAGCCUUCUUCCUCAAUUCUCCGAUCGCAGCCUCCUUCUCCUUCAGCGCGAGUCCCACCUCCGCCUCCGCCUUCAGAUCCUCGUCCUCCCACUCCCACUCCCACUCGGAAAGGCCCCACCGCUCGGAUGUACUUGUCCUGCGAGCGGCCGAGCCAGUCGGAGCCUUUGCUACUAACGCAGUUGCGGCAUCAGCAACACUUGGCAGCAAGUCAAUUCAGCUGACAGCUGUACAAACAAAGAGUCCACGUAAUGCGCGUGAAGCUGGACGUCAGGAACGUCAAAUGCAACAGCCCGCAAUCCAGCAGCAACUUAAUCCCCCGCAGCAACAUCAAGGACGACAGCAGCAGCAGCCGCAGCAGCAGCCGCAGCAAAAGCGAGUGCAGCAUCAGAUGCAACGAGUGGGCGUUUUAAUUCCUGCUUCGGUGCACGUUAACUUGACGCAUGUGCAACAGGGCUUCCAGCAUUUCCUCGACUUUUUCCAACUGCAUUUAUCUAAUGUCACCGUCGAUUUCCUACGAGAUGUGGACCUAAGCGGCUUCAUUAAAUUACUCGAGCUGCCCAAGUACACGAGCGUUAUAAAGACUUUAAAUGCGGGCAUUAUGGUAGACAGCGACGUGGACCAAGAUGCCGAUAUGGACGUUGACACGCCCAGCCAGCCACGUCAGCAACAGCAGCUGCAUUCGGAGCAGGAGCCACAUCGUCAUCAUCAUCAGGACUCCAGAGCAAAACAAGCUCUAGUGGGCGAGGAGGAAUCCCAUUCAUCCGGCGAGACCGGGGAAAAUCAUUGGAACGACGCCCGCAGCUUCUCGGGUCACUGUCAUCAGCUGGCUGAGCAACUUGCCCUCGACUUCAACAAGACCGUUGUCCUGUGGCCCUGUCCGCGAAUGAAAAUAUCCAGCAAUUUUCUGCCAUCCUUCGAAGCAAUUUCCCUAGCUGUGCAAAGCAUUUCCAGCAAGUUGAACUUUUCGCAAGUUGAUAUCUAUAUUGGCGACGACAAUUGGGGCCUAGGACUGGCCAUUGCCACCAACUUGCAUGUGCCGUAUCGCAUCGAAAUUGGCAGGACAAUACGUCACCUGCAUCUGCAGGAUAAGCCGGGCAAAGCAAUUAUUAUAACAGCCCCGCUGAACGAUGCGAGCACCACCCUGCUGUUGUCCACCAUCGAGGUGGAGUGGGCGGAGCAGGCGCGGAAGAAAGGUCAUGGGUCAGGGCCCAGGAGGCAGCACACAAAAAUCCUGCUCAUCGACAUGGCGGCCAGCUCAUUGGACAUCCAGCAUGGGUUCUAUAAAUACUUGGCUCGAAUGGGUGGCUCACGGAGUAAAGCCUUCGCACACGACGCUGAUUCUCCGGCCGAAAUGGUCAGCAGCAAUCUGUUGGUGCUGACUCUGCUAAACGACAGACAUCGCCUCUUUCUAAAUGGGGCCGGACUGAUGGCCACAAUGCAGAAUUUUCGCACGCCUCUCAACGGGAACCACAAGGAUCCACCAGCCUCCGACCACCGCAAUGCCAGCCUGCACAAGCUGUAUCCGUUCCGCAAUCUCUUCCCGCUCUUUGAUACGAUAGUAACAACCACUACCCAACCGGACACUUCAGAAACCAGUCCCCAAUAUGAUUUUGUGGUGCUGGACAUCGUUAGGGACGCCCCGGUGGCCCCCUACAAGUGGCGACCACUGCUCAUUCUGGAGAGCGAUAGUGCAAGUCAAGGAGGUGGGUUGGAGGUCGAAGGGAGUGGCUCCUAUAUCACCCACUCGAUACACCCUGCUUACGACGAGUGGUUGCUGGUCAGCAGUGUCCUUCUCUGGCAGUGCGGUGCCAUCUGCUGGACCAUCGUGGCGAUCUGUGUGGGCCUACUGGUCAUCAUAUUCGCGGGCAUUGUAGCCGGCGGAAUCGCCAUGCGAAACUACUUCUUACGUAAGCGUCUCUCGAAGGGGCCCAACAAAAUAGUCCUUUCAGCCAGCGAUUUUGUUUUCCCAGUGGAUUCUCGAAGAGUCGAUGAGGGCAUAGAGGCCAUGCUAUGCUGUUGGCUGCAGCAGCUGCAGGAGUUUGGAGGCCCGGAAGUAGACAAGCCGGAUCUACUUAAAGGUUCCAUUGGCUCCCUAAAGAAUCUAGGAUUCGUAAUUCCCGGUGCAGCCGCCCCGGGCUCGGCUGGAGGCAUCACAGCCACGGCGAACGGAAAGAGCGGGUCUUCCGCCACUGGCAGCUUAGCCAGGCACAAUCCUGCCCAUCUGGACAUGAGAGCUCGGUAUAAUGGAGAUCUCGUGCAACUGAAGGAGGUGCAUAUAAACGGAUCUACGGAGCUGCGCACCAAGGCGAUGGAUCUACUCGUAAUGGCCCAUGGUCUAAGGCACGAAAAUAUAAACCCGUUAAUUGGCUGGCUAUCUGAUCCCAACCGCACGGCCAUGGUCUUUGAUUUCUGCUCCAGAGGAUCGCUGCAGGAUGUGCUUAUCAUGGAUGAGAUCAAGCUAGACUGGUCAUUUCGGCUGAGCCUGCUCACGGAUCUGGUCAGGGGCAUGCGAUACCUACACACCUCACCCUUGAGAGUUCAUGGGGCCUUGACCUCGAGAAACUGCGUAGUGGAUGCCCGAUGGGUCCUGAAGAUCACCGACUAUGGGUUGAACUCUUUUUACGAAUCGCAGGGACUUCCGCCAAGACCCAGGAGUGCCAAGGAGCUGUUGUGGACAGCACCAGAGCUCCUUCGCAACAUGAAGCACCACCAGCAUCAGCACCACCAUCAACACCAGCACGGCCGCAUUCAGUUGGGGACCCAACUUGGAGACGUCUAUUCCUUCGGAAUCAUCAUGCAGGAGGUGGUAGUCAGGGGAGAACCCUACUGCAUGCUCUCCCUCUCCCCGGAGGAAAUAAUAAUCAAAAUCAAAAAGCCUCCGCCUCUGAUACGGCCCUCAGUUUCCAAGGGAGCCGCUCCACCAGAGGCCAUCAAUAUCAUGCGCCAGUGCUGGGCCGAACAGCCUGACAUGCGUCCUGACUUUAACUCGGUUUAUGAACGCUUCAAGAUGCUGAACCAUGGACGCAAGGUAAACUUUGUGGACACGAUGUUCCAAAUGCUCGAGAAGUACUCUAAUAACUUGGAGGAGUUGAUUCGGGAACGCACUGAACAACUGGACAUUGAACGAAAGAAGACUGAACAGCUGCUGAAUCGCAUGUUACCAAGCUCGGUUGCUGAAAAACUGAAGAUGGGCUUGGCCGUCGACCCGGAAGAAUUUUCCGACGUAACCAUAUACUUUAGUGACAUUGUUGGUUUUACAACAAUCGCCGCCCAUUGCAGUCCUGUUCAAGUUGUGGAUUUGCUCAACGAUCUCUAUACGAUCUUCGAUGCCACAAUCAACGCCUAUAACGUGUACAAGGUGGAGACGAUCGGCGAUGCAUAUAUGGUGGUUAGCGGGCUGCCCGUGAAAAUACCCGACCAUGCCGAGCAGAUAGCUACCAUGGCCUUAGACCUUCUGCAUCAAAGUGGUCGUUUCAAUGUAAAGCACCUUCCCGGAGUUCCACUUCAACUGAGGAUCGGCCUCCACACGGGUCCCUGUUGCGCCGGAGUGGUGGGUCUCACGAUGCCCAGAUACUGUCUAUUUGGGGACACAGUAAACACGGCAUCGAGAAUGGAGUCGACAGGAUCCUCAUGGCGCAUUCAUAUGUCCCAGGAGACAAGGGAUCGCCUGGAGGCUCGGGGUGGCUAUGACAUCGAGCAAAGGGGUCUCAUCGACAUCAAGGGAAAGGGCAUGAUGAACACCUUCUGGCUGCUGGGAAAAAAAGGAUUCGACAAGCCGCUGCCGGCACCGCCGCCUAUUGGAGAAUCUCACGGAUUGGAUGAGUCUCUUAUCCGCAACUCAAUAACGCUGAAGGCGCAGGCCAACAAGUCUCGGACGAGCACAAAUCCGUCCUCUUCGCAGAGCUCAUCGCUGGCUGGGGAUACCGUCGAGGUGAAGGUCGAGAUAACACCGCCCACCAACGCAGACCUGGCUUCCGGGGCCAAUCUCCACAACUCGUACUCCCUGGACUCCAAUUCCACCAACACCAUUAGCCCCAACGCAACCCUUUGUCCGGAGUUUCCGGGCAAGGCAACCCCAAACAGUACUAGUCCACAGUCGCGGAAGGUCUCCGAACUGACUUCAGAAAAUCUGCUCAACCCGAACAGCUUCAACCGGCUGCCGAGCUCAACGGGAGGAUCCAGCUCCAGGCUGUACAAAAAGAUCGAGGAGAUGAUGGACCUCAGUUCGCCAUACAACCACUAUAAAUGCCUCAGUCCCAGCGAGAGCAACCUCACUCAAUUCUACGACGGGAAAUACCUUUACGGCAGUGUGGCAGGCGGAGCGGGUGGUGGACAAGGGGGCGGAGGCGUCUGCCCCUCGAUAGCCUUGAGCGGAAGUGGAAGUGGGGGUCGAGCCUCUCGGUUCGACGGCAAGCCCGGCUCCAGUCGCCUUCUGCGUCGGCAGUUCAGCUUGGAUCGCGACGACCAGCAGGCGAAGGGAGAGCAGCAGCACCACCAGCACUCCCUGCAGGCAACCACCUACUCGGGCUUGGUGGCCGGUUGCGGUGGGGGUGUCAAGAGCUCCAUGCUGGACAUACCUCUGUUGCACGACACUACUCGCAGUCCCAAGGGAACGCUGACGCGGUCACACAAGCAGAACUCCGCCUCGAUCACUCAGGAUCUGGAGAAGAUCGAGGAGAUCCCGCUGUCGCCGGCCUCCUCGCAGCACCACAGUAGCCUGGACAGCAAUCUAAAUCGCAGUCCGCCCUCAAAGCUGGAAGCGCAUUCGCCACCGCUGCCGCCCCUGAGUCCGCCACAGCUUUCCGCCCCCACAUCACCGGCCCCGUCCAGAUCUCUCAACGGGAUCUAUGCCCACAACAGCAAUAGUGCCAGCUCCCAAGGUGCUGCCAACAACAAUAAUGGCACCCAUCCCGGCCCGGAGCUGACCCUUAAUGUAGAGCAGCUCCUGAGCAGAUAGAGCACAAUCUAAGGCCCCCCCACACAGGGCCGAACAAAGCUUUAAGUCUUAUGCGAAUCCAGUUUGAGUGUGCGAGUGUGUAAGUGGACGGGAGGUCAAGCCGGAGAAAUGUUGUUUAAUAGCCAUCUACUCUUUAUUUUUUGUAAUAAAAUAUGCCUUUAAAAAUGUGGCCCCGCCUCGCGUGGUGAGUGUGCCAGUGAAACAAAUCAAAAAUCAGUACUGAGCUAGAACAAAAUUUUCAUACUCUGUUGAAGAUAUUCCCGAACUGCAUCCUUUCUUUUCAACAGGUAAAAUAACGCUCUUCGCCUUAAUUUAAAUGUUCUUGAGUGUUGGGCAUUUUGAUUUUAUGUAAUACUUAGUUGUCAAGUCGGUUGGGUGAUUACAAAAGGUGCAACAUCUAAAAUCAGGGUGCCAAAAGGGAUGCCAUAUAUGUAAUCGCUUUUAGCUGUGAAGCAGCACUUAGAAAAUCGUUAAACUCAUUUCAAGUUAAUAAACUUCUACAUAUGUAUGUAUUCCAAAUUUACAAGAGUGUAGCCCAAUUCCUCAUAAAUCAUCUACGGACUACAUUUCUCCAACGAUUCUCCCCCAUCCCAGAGUGCGGUGUGAAUAUGUGAAUGAUAUCAAUUUGAAAAUGUUGUGAUGUAAAAGCAAAGUACCUCGAUGCAGGGCAGCUUGCUUCCAGCUGCAAUUUAAAGUACAACUUUGUUCAAGAUGUGACUAAUAACCUAGUCCGCAGCCAAUUGUCAUUAGCGAAAAUCUGCGUUUCACUAAAUACAACACGUAGACUUACUGUAAUCUGUUUACUUGUAGGAUAACCGAGCAUUUAAGUUUGCCAAAUUUUGUACCCACUGUUCAUAUUGGAAGGC